CGUUUAUCCGGUAAUAUCAAGCCGCAAUUCUAUUACACAUAUAAGAGAGAGGGUACAAAGUUGUUCUCCUUCUUGCGCAAAUUUAUAAGUUAGAAAAAGUUUAUGUAGGGAAGAUGAAAUUAUAUUCUAGCAAAAUGAAAUCUUAUUUACUAUUUGUUCUUGGAUGUUUAAUAUUUGCUGGACAGAUAACAGAGUUAACUGCAAAUAAUUCUCCAGAUACCACUGUUGCUGUUACUGAAACUAAUUCUUCUAGUACAUCUGAAACACCUGUUACAAUUCCCCCCAGCAGUAACACCACCAACACCACCACCACCACCACUACUACUGCUGCUACUAAUGUAACAACUUCAAGUCCUCCUACCACGGCUCCUCCUACCACGGCACUUCCUCCACCUGUUAAUGAUCCAAGUACAGGCAGCUGGACUGUAUAUGGUGUAAAUGGCACUAAUUGUAUAAAAUUGGAAGCUGCCAUUCAAUUUAGGAUUAAAUAUGAACAAAUCAGUGGGAAUAAUGUUACAGCUAAACUUAAUUUACCAACAAAUGCAACUGUAGAAAAUAAUACCUGUGACAAUGCUCUUAUAAAACUAACAUUUGGACAAAAUAAUACAUUUGAAAUUUUCUUUAAAAAUGAAAGCAAUGAAAUAUCUGCAACAACAUUUACUUUCCAAUAUUUCAUGGAUCCAAGAGAUUUUCCAGAUGCUAAACAACAAUCAGAGAUGGAGUCAGUAUUUGCAACAAACCUGACUGAGUUUAAAGCAUCUGCAGGCAAAUCUUUUCUCUGUAAGAUUGAAACAAAAAUAGAUAUGAAAAAUGUGGAGUUAUCUAUGCAGGAUCUUAGAGUGGAAGCUUUCAGACAGUCAAAAGAAGAUAAAUUUUCUGAAGCAACAGAAUGUGCUGGGGAUGAGAAGAUCAACGACAUUGUUCCCAUUGCUGUUGGAUGUGCCUUGGCAGUCUUGGUAAUUAUAGUGCUAAUUGCUUAUUUGGUGGGACGUCAACGAAGUCGUCAGCAAGGCUACCAGUCAGUCUGAAGUGGACUUUUUGCUGUACAAAGUUUAAUAUAAAGAGGGUGACUGAAGGCAUGCAGUGCUCCUUUAAAGCAGAAUAUUACAGGGUUUACAAACAUAUAUAAUGUUUUAUUAUAGAAAACAAUUAAACUAUUACAUAGUCUGAGGGCAAGUGUCAUUUAGAUAUCCAGUUAUUCCAAAAACUGAAAGAUCUGGUUAUUCAUUUAUUCUAAUUUGCUUCACAUAAUUUUAAUUUAUAUUUAAAUUUGACCAAAAUAUAUUUGAAUUUAAGAAUCUUUUUAAAUUUUUAUUUCAUUUGCCCUUGUAAAUUUUUGUGUAACAACAACAAUAAAAUUUAGUUUUGAGAGUUUUUUACUCAUCUUGA